UAUAACUUUUAAUUAAUUUUAUUUAUGUACACAUCUGCUACAAAAAUUUAGUAAAUUAAAAUUUUUUUUUAACUUAUCAUAUUUUUAUUACUCAAAUAAAUAAUACAUUUUUAACAUCGAGUUUUUAAUUGAACUAGAAUUUUCCACUUUCAAUUAUCAUCAAUGUUAAAACGAAAUUUUUUUUUUGUAUUUAUUUUUUGGAUAUCAUCAGCUCAUGUACUAUGCAAACCAUUAAAUAAUGAAUCGAUAACAAGGAAACUAUCGAAGCUUCUUAAAUAUUUUUGUCUAGUAAUUAAACAAGAUAAAAAGCUACCAUCAGAAACCAGCAAUUCAAAUAAUAUUUACUACUUGGAAAAUGAAAAUUCUGAUUCAUCAGAUGAGUGUAAAAUUUGCAAUAAUGAGUUUAAAACAGUGAUAUUGAAACCUUGUAAACACAGGUUUGGUAAUUUCUGCGCUAAUCAAUUAAAAAUAUCAGAAAGUAAUUGUCCAAUAUGUAGAGAUUCAAUAAAUACAUUUGAAGGACUAGUUGAAAUGAUAGAACGACCUGAUGAUAUACUAAUAAAACGAUUCGAGGAAAUUAAACUUCAAAAUUCUAAUUUAUCUAUGCGAGAAUUCAGCCCUAUAGAAAUUAACCAAUUACGUGAUGGCAUCAUAAAUAAUACAAUUUCUGAUGCAAAUAUAUGCGCAAGAUAUUACUACCUUCGACGAGGACAAAUUCCUGAUGAAGAACUCUUACGGGACAUAAGUGUCUUACCAGAUUUUUAUAAGUUUCACCCAUUAGCUGUAGGACUACGUUAUUUAAUUCAUANAUUAGCUGUAGGACUGCGUUAUUUAAUUCAUAAUUUUCCUAAUGAUAUCCAACUCGAACAUUGUUUUUAUACAACAACGUUCAAGCUUAAUCUAAGUACUGAAGAAACAGAUAUGUUACGUCACUAUUAUGACCGAAAUGGUUAUAAUAGUGAACUAGAAAUAUCAAUGCGAUCUAAGUAUCGUGAAUUAACAUUUAUUUAA